AUGCCAUCGCAGCAAUCUCAAGCCGCACAUUGGUCGACGUCGAGGCACGCCAUCGGCAUUUACACAGGGAUUGCAAAUUCAUGCCGGUACGUGAUCGCGGAGCACCGCCUGCACGGCCGCCCAGUGCAGGCCGUCGUGGAAGACGCGUUGGCCCGUUUGAUCCUGCGCCUGGGUGGGCUGAGGGUCGGCAUCACCAGGGAGGACACCAACCAUGCCAGCUUCGUCAGUGUGGCUUCCAUGGACCUGGGGGACUUUAUCGAGUGGGAGACAGUGGCGGAGUCUAGCCAGGCACAAUUUGAUGCGCGGGUCUUGGGAGCGACCAAGAACAGGCUGGAGCAGCUGUGGCCGGACGUCGCGAGCCGCCCGCCGUGGAAGCUGCUCGUCGUCCAGAAUGGUGCCUCGGCCCCGGGGAACGUGGUUCUCGAUAUGGUCUUUGCGACGCAUCACGCCCUCGCAGACGGGAAAAGCACGAUGGCUUUCCAUAAUGGAUUGUUGCGUGAGCUCAACAGCAACUCAGGCCCACCGGCAGAGCUGCGGAGUCACGUCCUCAGCUUCGACCGGACCCCAGUCCUCGCACCACCUCAGCAUGAGCUCAUCCAGUUCAAAAUCGGUUGGUCCUUCUUUCUAAAAACUCUAUGGAAAGAGUUCGGUCCUUCAUGGCUCAGACCGAGACCUCCUGUGGAGCCAUGGGUGGGGAAGGUGAUCACCCUCGAGCCACAUAGGCUCAACCUUCGUCUCGUUUCAAUCGAACCCGAGGUCGUCAAAGGCCUCGCCACAGCUUGCAGGGCUAAUGGUGCCACACUCACUGCGAUUCUUCACGUCCUAGUCCUGGCCUCCGUAGCCAAGCGCGUCCCCGCUGAGGUUGCACCUGCCUUCUCAAGCGAGACACCCAUCGGCUUGAUCCCCUGGGCGAAGGCGCCACCUGGUGUUGACGUGGACCUCAACAACAUACUCUCGGUUCUCAACACCAGCUCCAACAAAGUAUGGGAUGCAGACACGGUCGCAGACCUGCGACGCAGACUCGGCGAGGUAGACGAGGGCCUCGAGAAGGACGUCAUCUGGCCCCUAGCGGCGACGUGGCGGGCCGAGAUGAAGACGAAGCUCGCCUCGCUGCCAAACGACGACGUCUGCGGCCUGAUGGACUACGUGACGGACUGGCAAAAGCGGUGGGAGGGGAAAUUCGGGAAACGACGCGAUGCCACCUGGGAGGUCUCUAAUAUCGGCCUCAUUAAAGGUAUCCCCGACGAGGGCCGCGGUGGCUGGAGCACCCAGCGCUCAUUCUUCACCCAGCCAGCAUUUCUCGCCGGUCCCGCCUUUGCGGUCAAUGUCACGGGUGUGGAAGGGGGCGAGGUUACUCUGACGCUGAAUUGGCAAGGCGGUGUCAUUGACGAUGCUGUUGUCGACGGCGUAGUCGAGGAUUUGUCUGCUUGGUUGGAGGAGUUUAGGGUGAACGGCAGCGCGUCUGUGACUCCGUUCUUCAGGCAGAUGCGGAAAAAGAGCGGGCGGUCAAAGGAUGCCGGCGUCAUCGUGCGACUGCUAGUUGACAUGAAGGGAUUCGGCAAGGAAGGCGCCAUCUUCCGGACCGAACGAGGCAGGAUGCGCAACCUGUGGUACCCCACGAAGAAGGCCGAGUUCAUGACGGACGCCCGCUUCAAGGAGCUCGGCCUGACCAAGAACGACGUUGGCGAGCGCGACCCCAUGUUUGGAAUGCAGAUUGAGAUGGAAGAGGAGCUCGUCGACGAUGCGGUCGAGGCGGUCGCGGGCAUCACCACGGGCGCCGCCGCCCUCGGCACCGCGGCCGGGCAACCGGCUCUCGAGUCACCAGGCCAUACGCCUGCUGUGGAAAUUGAACACGUUGCUCCCAACCGUGCCCUCGAACUCCUCACCACCAUGAUUCCCGAAGUCAUCACCUUCGAACGCUUCCUGAAACACCUCCCGCCUAUCGUCAGCGCCGCCAGCACCCCCAAGCCAGCGCCAAGCGAGAAACCAGAGCAGCACAAGGUCCUGUCGCCCCUCGAGAGGCGACGGGCCAAGAUGCUCGAGGCCCAGAAGGCGCCAGAGCCGGAGAAGACACCCGAGGCCCUCGAGGCCGAGCGAAAGGCCAAGGAGGAGGAGGCGGAGAGGGAACGCAAGCGCGCCGAGGAGGAGGCCGAGAAGUUCAAGGAGAUUCACGGGUCGGUAUCGUUGCGUGACGUGGCGACCUUCAUCAAGGACAAGAUGCUGCUGGACCCGGAGGCGUCGAGGGUCCACGUCCAGCCCGAGGAGAUCAGUUUCUUGGGGCUCGCCGAGGGGGCGGACAAGGUCGAGAAGGUGGGCAGGUUCGACAUCGAGAUCCGGACGCACGUCGGCAGGGACAAGGUCGAGCCGGUCAGGAAGUCGGUCGAGGUCGUCGCUGCUUAG